AUGAGCAUCACGCUAGAGAAACGCGGCAAAAUCCCGAGCGUGCAGUCGUUCGGGAACCUCUCCGAGGCGUCCUACGCCUCCGUCGGGGAGGUGGACGACCGCGCGGAGGCGGCGCUGAAGAAUGCCAAGGCGCGUUCUGUUGUACACUGGUCCCCACACGACCGCGUUGGCGUGGUGAACGCCGACGCCAUCCUCGAGAGCGACCACCUCGCGUUCGUCGCCGAGGUUCUCGCCGGCGGCGUCUCCACCUCCGCGCUCGUGAAGGGCUUCGGCGACGUGAACGAGGAGGUGGCCCACGCGGCGCGCAGCGUCGCGCGCGCGGCGUGCCUCGGCGACGCCGCCGCCGGGAAAACCGCCGACGUCGCCGCCGCGCUCGCCGCCGCCGUCGACGUCUUCGUCCGGAACGACGCGCCGCCGUGCGACCACGCGCAGGACCGCGCCAGGGGUGGCGUGAUCGCGCUCUACGCGCACGUCGCGUCCGCGCACUUCGCGGACGACGCGUCCCCGGAGCGAGAGCCCGCUCUGAAGCGCGCGAUGGCUGCGUUCAGGACGCUCCACGACGGCGGCUGCUACAUCGCGGCGAAGGAGAUCGCGCCGUUCGCGAGAACGCUGCCCCCCGUCGUCGCGAACGCGAUGGCGGCGGCGGCGAAGACGACCGCGCUGACCGCCGCGGACGCGCGCGACCGCCGCGCCGCCGCGGCGGGGCUCGCGGGUAUCGUCGCGGGACUGGCUUCAUCGGAGCGCGCCGUCGCCGACAUGAAACUCGUGGACGCCGUCGUCGACGCGCUCGCGGCGAAGAAGGACCCGAUCGCGCGCGCGGGCGCGUGCGCGCUCUACGCGCACCUGUGCCGGACCGCCGGGCGCGCGUUCGAGCCGUUCGCGAUCGACCUCGCGUCGAAGAUGUUCAUCGCGCAAGGGGACCAGAGUCCGGAGGUGAGAGAAGCCGCGGACGCGGCGCAAGCCGCGGUGGUCAAGGCGUUGCCGCUGACUGCGAUGAAGCUCUUGGCGCCGGCGCUCGUGGAAGCGAUGACGCACAAGACGUGGCAGGCGAAGUGCGGCGCGCUGACCGUGUGCGGCGACCUCGCGAGCCGGGUGCCCGCGUACUUCAUGCGGAAUCUGCCGGAGAUUUUCCCCGCGUUUUUGGAGUGCGUCUUCGACACGCACCCCAAGGUGAGCCACUGCGCCGGGCGAGUGAUGCGGCCGAUCUGCUCGUGCGUGAAGAACGCGGAGAUCGUGGGCAUGCUCGAUCUGAUCAUCGAGGCGAUCCGCGAGCCGCAGUCGCAGACGGAGAGCUUCGUCUUGCCCAUAAUCCUCCGCGGCUUGCGCGAACGCGCGAUGGAAAUCAAAAAGAAAGCCGCGGUGACGUGCGGCAACAUCUGCGCGCUCGUCGACGACGUCCGCGAUCUGAACCCGUUCAUCCCGGCGCUGAAACCCGAGCUCGAGAAGUGCGAGGAGCACUCGCACCCGGACCUGCGCGAGUGCGCGACCAAGGCGAAAGCCGGUUUGCUCAAGGGUCUGUCUCAGAGCGGCGCGGGCGAGCGGAAGGCGGCGACGGACUGCGUCAAGGACGCGCUCGCCGCGCACGGGGGUUGCGCGUCCCUCGACCCGGUCGUCCGCGCGUACGCCGCGAGUCUCGGCGGCGCGUUGAUCUCCGAGAGCUCCAUUCCGGAGGAGGAGCUCGCCGGCGUCGCGCAGACGGCGGUGUUGUCGUACAAAGGGUUGGACGAGUCCGCGCUGGAGGACAACGAGCAGAAGGACUACAUCGUGGACUUGCAGGGCAUCAUCCUCGCGUUCGCGGGGCGGGUGUUGUUGCAGAGGACCAACUUUUCGCUCGAGCGCGGGAAGACGUACGGCGUCGUCGGUCAAAACGGCACCGGGAAGACGACGCUGCUCAAUCGCGUCGCCGCCAAGGACAUCGCCGGGUUCCCCGCGGACGUCUCCGUGUACUACAUCCAGCACGAAAUCUUGAGCGAGAAGGAGGAGAACAUCGUGGACUUCAUGGCCGGCAGCGUGCCCGAGGGCGUGACGCGCGAGACGGUCGUCAACACCCUGAAGGAGGUUGGCUUCGACGACGCGAAGAUGGCGGCGACGAUUCAGUCGCUGAGCGGAGGGUGGAGGAUGAAGCUCGCCAUCGCGCGCGCGAUGCUCUGGGACGCGCAGGUGUUGCUGCUCGACGAGCCCACGAACCACCUCGACACGGGCGCGAUCGCGUGGCUGACGAAUUACCUCAAGUCGCUGACGAACACGACCAUCUGCCUCGUGUCGCACGACUACGACUUCCUCGCGGACGUUCUCACCGACGUCAUUCACCUCCACGACAAAAACUUGACCUACUACCCCAUGGGGUUCCGCGAUUUCCAGUCGCUGAAGCCGGAGAUCGUCGCCGCGCUGCCGAGCCCAGACAACGCCAUCAGAAAGUUCGCGAUCAACUCGAUCGGGGCCGACGGUCAGCAGCCCUCGCACAUCAAACCGAUCCGGUUCCCCGACCCUGGGUCCUUAGAGGGCGUCAAGUCCAGGAUGAAGGUCAUCAUGUACAUGAAGAACGUGUCGUUCACGUACCCGGGGACGACGAAGCAGAUUCUCUCCGCGGCGAACGUGAAAAUCACGCAAAACUCGCGCGCCGCUUUGGUCGGCCUCAACGGCGCCGGGAAGACGACGCUGAUGAAGCUUCUCAUCGGCGAGCUCAGCCCGGACGAGGGCGUCGGGGAGGUGUGGCAGCAUCAUAACUUGCGUCUGGCGUACAUCGCGCAGCACUCGAUGCAUCACUUGGAGGAGAGCGUCGAGAACACGCCGCUGGAGUAUUUACAGAACCGUUUCUACCUCGGUCGGGAUAAAGAGAUCGCGAAGCGGUCGUCGCAUAACUUGUCCAAGGAGGAGCAGAAGCGGUGCAUGGAGCGCGGGAACAUCUGCGAAAUCAUCGGUCGACAAGAGCGCGGGAAGACGCUGUUCUACGAGUGCCGCAGAGCCGGGCGGAAAGAAGACGACACGGACUGGGAGCCCAUCACCGCGCUGUCGAAAAAAGAUGAAUACGUCAUGAAGAUGGUGCGCAACUUUGACGAGAAACUGAAAGCGAUGCAGAGCGGGAUGGACCUGCGGCCGCUGACGAAGGAAGAAGUCAGGCUGCACCUCGCGGAGUUUGGCAUCGACGAGGACCUCGCGAUGGGGAAGAUCAAGCGCAUGUCCGGCGGGCAAAAGAGCCGCCUCGUCCUCGCCGCCGCGAUGUGGAUCAACCCCCACAUCAUCGCCCUGGACGAGCCCACAAACUACCUCGACAACGACACGCUCGCGGCGCUGACGAAAGCCCUGAGCGACUUCAAAGGCGGCGUGCUGACCAUCUCGCACAACAAGGCGUUCGUGAACGAGCUGUGCACGGAGACGUGGAACGUCGGCGACGGCGUCGUCGUGUCGAAGCCCAUCGAAGGGAAGCAGGUCAAGUUAUCCGUCGCGGAGAAGCGAGCGAUGAAGAAGAUGGGGGAGGACGGGGAGGAUUUCGCGCUGACGGAGGCUAAGGGCGCGAAGCUGACGAGUGCGGAGCGGAAGGCGCAGAAAGCCGCGGCGUUGGCCGCGAAAGGGCCGGUGAAGGACGCGUAUCACGUGCGAAAACUUUAG